UAAUUAGACUUGGCUGGAAGAAAGCAGUUUUAAAUCGUGGUUAACAGAAAGUAAAAAGGGAGAAGAUUACGCAUACUGUAAAUUUUGUUUAGCAGACCUUGCAAUCGGUGGUGGGGGGAAAAAUGAUCUUGUGCGACAUAUGAAAACAACUAAACACCUAAACUCACUUCCUGGAUCUUCUGCCAUUCAAAAACCAGUCACAGCUUUUUUUCAAAAAGGUUCUAUUGCUGAUGAUGUAAAAACAGGUGAAGUUCUAUUGGCGUCUUUUGUAGCUGAGCAUAACCUUUCAAUGAAUGUCAUGGAACACCUCCCUCAACUCAUAAAAACAAUAUGUAAAGAUAGUCCCACUGCACAAGAACUUGCGUGUAGUCGCACCAAAACCACAGCUAUUAUUAAAUCUGUUACAGGAGACACUGAAAAAGAAAACCUAAUUGCCGAUUUAAAAAUUCGGACAUUCUCACUGCUUAUUGAUGAAAGUACGGACAGAGGAUGUGUCAAGCUUUUAUGCAUUGUUGUUAGAUAUUAUAGAAACAAAAAAAUUAAAGAUGCGUUCUUUGCACUAAUACCCGUUCAAGAUGCGACAGGCGAAAAACUUUACGAACAUCUAGUAAAAUUAUUUACAGAUAAUGAUAUUCCAUAUAAAGACAAUUUGGUUGGAUUUGCCGCCGACGGAGCUAAUGCUAUGAUGGGUCAGCAUAAUUCUGUAGCAAGCAGAUUAUUAGAAGAUAUUCCCCAUUUGUAUGUUGUAAAAUGCAUUUGCCACUCAUUCGCAUUACAUGCAUGCACAAAAUUACCACGUGAACCUGAAGGCCUUGUAAGGGAUGUAUACAACUAUAUCAGUACGAGUCCGAAACGAACAGGUUUACUAAAGGAAUUUCAAGAGUUUCUGGCACUAAAGCCCUAUAAAAUCCUGCAUCCAUGCCAAACACGUUGGCUCUCACUUCGCAGUGCGGUUGUGCGGAUUCUAGAGCAAUAUGAAGCACUCAAGUUAUUUUUUAUUGAUGCUGUGACGACAGAUCGUUUAAACUCAGCGGAUUCUAUUUUACAUAUGCUGAACAACCCGUACAACAAAAUGUACUUGCAGUUUCUUGAAUUUUCUUUGGAUUUUUUCUCAAAAUUUAAUCAAGCUAUGCAUUCCGAAAAGCCACAAAUUCAAUCGAUUCAUGAGCAUUUGUGCCGCAUAUUCAAAUCAUUCCUGACUGAGCUCCACAAUGUCCAGCAUGAUAACCCACGACACUACAAACCAAUUGAUGAUCUUUAUCUUGGCGCGAAUGUUGCUGUAUCGUUGUCUACUGCUCCUAAUUUGAAUCCAAAUGAUGUACAUGCUUUUCCUAACAUAAUCGGACAACAAGAACAUUUUCAAACAUUAGACAAUGAGUGGCGAGAAUUGAGAAUGAAUGACGACCUUCUGGAAUCAAGCGCAGAAGAUACAGAAUUGUUUUGGCAUCAAGUCAAUUGUGCACAAGACUUAGAUGGACAAUCAUUAUAUCCAACUCUUCUGCAAUUUGUUACUGCUUUACUAAGUCUCCCUCAUUCCAGUGCCGCAGUCGAAAGAAUAUUUUCCGCAGUAAAUUUAAUUAAAACAAAAACAAGAAAUCAUUUAGGCACUGAAACGAUUGAGGGACUUCUUUUAACGAAACAACUGCUUAGUGAUGAACCCUGUUACAAACUUCAAGUUGAUUAA